GCCAGCAUCGCCACCGCAAAGAAAUUACAUCAGUUACACACCACCUACUAAUGGCCUGAAGAAUACUUCAGAGACAUGAAACUGGAUACUUUUUAACCUCUCAGCGACCAUAUUGCAUGGUACUACAUGGCUUCUGGUCGCCAUGGAUUCCGACGAUUUUGAUGACGAUAUCGCCGAUGAGGACAUUCUCGCUGCCUUUGAUCAAGUAUCUUCAUCUAAUGGAGGGAAGCUUGUGUCUACAUCUACAUCUUCUUCGAGUGGCUCUAAGAAUAACGCCGGUGACCUGAAUAAGCAGCAAUGGGCAGCACAGGAGCUGAAUGAUUUGCCUUCGGAUGCCUUUUCUUCACCAGAGCCAGUGAGGCAGAUUGCCAGGGGCCCAGCAAAGCCUGUAGCAACAGCUCGCACUGGCUUCAGCCGCACGAAUUCCGGUACUUUGCGACAAACCACGUUAUGGGGUGGCCAUGCGGCGACGGAAGAUGCUCCUCGCCCAUCUCAGACUACGACUACCAGGGUCUAUCGGGCUGAUCAGCCCCCUGAACCUCCUAGCCCUCAUCAGCUUGAUAGAGAGGCAUUGAAGACUUGGGUGUAUCCAACAAAUCUGGGGCCAACUCGAGACUAUCAGUUCAGCAUUGUCAGAAACAGCUUGUUCAAUAACACGCUGGUAGCGCUGCCGACUGGUCUGGGAAAGACAUUUAUUGCUGCUACAGUGAUGCUCAACUUUUACCGCUGGACGAAGACAGCCAAAAUCGUCUUUGUAGCGCCGACAAAGCCACUUGUAACGCAGCAGAUAGAUGCUUGUUAUAACAUUGCGGGAAUACCUCGAUCUGAGACCACACUCCUUACCGGUGACAUUGCUCCUGCUCUGCGGAGUGAUGAGUGGGAAAAGAGACGAGUCUUCUUCAUGACGCCACAAACGCUCCUGAAUGAUCUCUCCCAUGGGUAUGCAGACCCAAAGAGUAUUGGUCUCAUGGUCAUUGACGAAGCGCAUCGCGCCGUGGGCGAAUAUGCGUAUGCUAAAGCUACCAAACUCAUUCGCCGAUUUUCCAACAGUUUUCGGGUCCUGGCUCUGACGGCUACACCGGGCUCGAAAGUUGAGACAGUUCAAGAAGUCAUUGACAAUUUGGGGAUUUCUCACUGCGAAAUCCGGACCGAGGAGUCUCUUGACAUUCGGCAGUAUGUGCACGAUCGAAACAUAGAUCAGAUAGUCCUUGACCCUUCGGACGAGAUGAAUCUCAUCGGCGAGCUCUUUACUGAGGCUCUCAAGCCGUUGACAGAGAAACUCAGCUCCCAAAAUAUAUGGUAUGGGCGGAAUCCGAUGGCUCUGACAACAUACGGCUUGAUACAGGCACAGAAGGAGUGGUUUGCCACGCGUGGGAACCGCGCGAACCAAGGUGUCCAGUUCAUGAUGCGGGCAAUAUUCAGCGUGCUAACGAGUCUUGCUCAUUCGAUCAAAUUAUUGCAGUAUCAUGGUAUCAAACCUUUCUACGAUAACAUGGUCGACUUUCGCAGUGAACAAGAAGACAAAGGCGAAAAGGGAUCCAAGUACAGGCGCCAAAUCAUCGAUAGUGCCAGUUUCCAAGAAAUGAUGGAUAAAAUUGCUGGGUGGCUCAAGCUCGACGGCUUUGUGGGACACCCAAAGCUCACAGCCUUGGCUGAUUGCGUCUUGAAUCAUUUCAUGGAUAACGGGGAGGGGACUCGAGUGAUAGUGUUCAGCGAGUAUCGUGAUUCCGCCGAAGAGAUUGUGCGCAUGUUCAAUACCCAUCGACCACUCAUCAAAGCUACCGUCUUUGUUGGGCAAGCUGAUGGUAAGCGCGGCGAGGGCAUGAAGCAGAAGCAGCAAAUAGACACGAUCGAAAAGUUCAAGACUGGCGCCUACAACGUCCUCGUUGCUACUUCCAUUGGAGAAGAAGGGUUGGACAUUGGCCAGGUUGAUCUUAUUGUCUGCUAUGACUCUUCGGCGUCUCCAAUUCGCAUGUUGCAGCGCAUGGGCAGAACGGGAAGAAAGCGAGCAGGUAACAUUGCGCUGCUCCUGAUGAGGGGGAAAGAGGAGGAACAGUUUGCCAAGUCGAAGGAUAACUACGAAAAGAUGCAAAAGCUCAUCUGCGAAGGAAGCCGGUUCAACUUUCGGUUUGAUCUCUCCACGCGGAUUGUACCCCGAGACAUACGGCCCGAAGUGGACAUGCGGCAUGUUGAGAUUCCAGUUGAGAAUACUCAAGACAAGUCCUUACCAGAACCCAAGAAACGGCAGGUUCCCAAGGGUAAAAAGAAACCACCCAAGAAAUUCCAUAUGCCGGAUGGAGUUCAGACUGGGUUUCAAAAAGUCAGUGAUUUCAUGAAGGUCUCGACAAACCCGGGAGAGCGUGUGUCCAAGUCAAGUUCAAAGCCAAAGCGAAACCCCGAACUAGAUGACCUGACAGCGAUUCCUGAAUUGGAGCGUGUUGUUCUUGGCUCGGAUGAGCUUUACGAGCUCGAGCGAACGUACCGGAAUUUACCAUUUAACCGUAACGUGACUGAUGAAGCUGAUCUGCCGAGUAUGGAAGCUCAUCCAACGCUGCAACGACAGCUACGCCCGACUGCCUUCGUCCCUCAUGGGGAUUAUACAAAACGCUGCGUCAAGCUGCUGCAAAAGCUGGGGGAUGCUGAUUGCCUCGUGAGGCCCCGCAGAGACGUGGACACAAGCGAUUAUCUUGAAAUUCCAGUAAAGCCAUUUGUGUAUUCUGAUACCGGCGAGACAGAUUCGAGCGAUGAUGAAGCUGCAGCAGACAGCAAAAAGCGACAGGCCAUUGAAGUCGAAUCAGAUGAUGACUCCUUGGUAUUUGAGGUCCAGCAGCCGAAGAGGAGAAAGGUCUCGACCAAAGAGACUCAAUUCGAAAAGACUCAACCCAUAAAGACUCAACCCAUAAAGACUCAACCCAAAAAGACUCAGCCCACAAAGACUCAGCCCAAAAAGACUCAGCCCAAAAAGAGCACUCAGUCUGCUGCUCGGCGUGUGUUGGACUCGGGAGACGAAGAUUUGUUUGACUCUGAUCUUGAGAUAGACAUUGAAGAGGAAGAGGAAGAGCCCGGGCUACCGCCCCGACUUAGCGAAGCCAAAAGACAAAAAAGGCUGAAUGCCAAGUCAAAAGGAAAGCAAUCACGGAAAGCUGCCAUUGGCAGUGAUGAGAUUGGAGACGAUUGCGAAAGGGAUAGUGAUCUGCUUGACGAGAGCGACUCGGAUGACGGUGCCGACUUGGUAGAUUUCGUCGUUGGAGACGACCAAGCAACAUCUAGCAUGUUUGAUUCCGAAGCAACGUCUCCUAUAAAGCCGAACGAGCGGACGCCGCGAGCAGGGGCAAGCAAACCCUAUUUUGUGCCAACUCAAUUCACGGCCACCCAAGAGAGCGAUGGAGUUCCAGACUUGCAUGCGCUUGCUGGCCCGUCCAGGAUGCAAGGCCGAGCGAAAGAAGCGUCUGAAGAGGCGGCACCAACUAGGAGUAGGCGACGCACAAGACCUGCGUUGCUGGACAGUGACGAUAGUGAUGUUUAAUGUGAGCUACAAAAGGGUCACGGGCGUUAAGGCAAGGCUAGCGAUGAAAUGGAAGAAUUGUUCUGAGAUGAAAGCAUGGUAUUGUAUUGUAUCAUAUACAUAUUACGGGAGCUAUUUGUGUGGAGGAAACUACAAAAAGAUGAUGAAUUGAUGACCAAAUAUGAUUAUUGGACGGCGAUGUCCUCUCGAAGACCGCCUUGUUAUCGUCGCCCUGUUUAAUUCAACUAUGAAGAGUGAGUUAGCACUCGUUCGAGUAAAACAUGUAUUGCAAAACGUAUGCAAAAAAUCACAACAAGUCUUCAACUCUUUUUUUCAGAAACCCAGUUAUAAGCACUACGGCCC